CUACCACAACAACAACUGUUACAACAAUUGCACCCAGCGAGACCACAGUGGGAUCUAGCACAACCACAAUGGCUCCCAGCGUGACCACAUUGGGAUCUAGCACAACCACAAUGGCACCCAUUGAAACCACAAUGGCACCCACUACUGUUGCCACAGUCGCAACUGCAACUGAAGGUGAAUCUGCACCUUCCCCGACAGAUCCAGUUUUAGAAGAAGGUUUGAGAAACGACAUUCGUAUACUACUGAUUUCAAUGGGGAUUGCGCUUGUGCUCGUGAUCUUUGCCUUCGUCUGCAGCAUCAUUCUGUUUAAAAGGAAGGACAAGACAAAGAGGAAGUCACAGAGUAAGUACCAGAAGUCAUCCUCCAAGAGAUUGGAGCGGUUAGAGAGACAUGAACUGAGGGAAAGAGGCUCGAGAGAUGAUGAUGACAGUGAUUAUACAUGGCCUUUAUUUACUGAUGAGAUUCCAGUGAGGAGUGAUAUUCCAGUCAGUGAGUUUCCAGACUAUGUCAUUGAUAUGACAGCGGAAAACCAGCACGACACCUCCAAGUUAGCUAUUGAAUAUCAGCAACUCAGUAGUGUUCCUACAUUGUCCUACGAAGUGGCCUGUCUUCCCCAGAACAUAAACCUCAAUAGAUUCAGGAACAUUUACCCAUAUGAUGAUUCGAGAGUGCCUCUGAAGGAGAUACCUGGAGAACUGGGAUCUGAUUACAUCAAUGCCUCUUUUGUUUCAGGGUAUUGUGGAAAUAGAUACAUAGCAGCACAAGCUCCACUGAAUGAGACCAUUGAUCAUUUCUGGAGGAUGGUGUGGGAGUACGAGAUUGAAGCCAUUGUCAUGUUGACUAAAUGUGUGGAGAUGACAAGAGAGAAGAGCACCCAGUACUGGCCUGAGUCACUGAGUGAGACCAUCAUUCCUGGAGACAGACUCAGUGUAACUCUCUCUUCAUCCACACCUUAUGCCGAGUACCACGUCCGCAAACUUCUAGUCAAACAUCUGACAGAGUCUGACAAGUCAGUGACAGUGACUCAGUUCCACUACACAGCCUGGCCAGAUCACGGAGUUCCAGACAAUGUCAUGUCUGUCAUACGGUUCAUUCGUCAUGUCCGUAAACUGUUCCCUGCUGCCUCCCAAGACCAGCCACUGCUGGUACACUGCAGUGCAGGUGUGGGCCGCACCGGGACUUUCAUCACUCUGGAUAUGAUGAUGCAGCAGAUGAAGGCUGAGGCCACCCUCAGUGUCUGCCAGUGUGUCAGAAAUCUGAGAACACAACGUAUGAAGAUGGUGCAGACUCCGAUUCAGUAUGAGUUCAUUCACCAAGCUCUGAGUGAGCUGGUGGUGUGUGGAGAGACAGAGGUGACUGCCUCCAGUCUCAGGUCCUUCACUGAGUCUCUCAGGGACCCAGUCACUGACUCUGGACCCACUCUCUCACUACAACACCUGGAGGUUCUGGAUGAUCUGAGUGCACAGCAAAGGUGUGACUUCACGGGAGCCAAGGCUAAGGAAAACAUCAACAAAAACAGAUUCCCAAAUAAACUGCCAAAUGAUAUUUAUCGUGUGCCACUGAUGAGUAGUUCUGGCUCGGAGUACAUCAAUGCAUCCUUUAUCAAUGGCUAUAAGCAGAGAGAUGCCUACAUAGCAACUCAGGGUCCACUGAAGGGAACAGUGGAGGACUUCUGGAGGAUGAUGUGGGAGUACCAGUGUGGCUGUAUCGUGAUGCUGUGUCAGCUGGAGGAAGAUGGCCAGGAGAGCAGCUACCCCUACUGGCCAGGUGAGGAGGGAGAGGAGAUGGUGUGUGGGAGACUCUCUGUCAGGCUAGUCAAGGUCAGAGGUCACGGUGACAUAUUGGAGAGGAGGAUGGAAGUCAAGGAGCAUAAGUCUGUUUCAACCAAUAUACUCGUUGUCAAGAUGAUACAGCUAAUGAGUUGGCCAUUGGAGGGGUUACCUCAUCCCACAGCAAUCAUCUCGCUCAUCAAGAAGCUCACCAACACCCUAAUGAGUUUGCGUUCCAAACAGACUGUGAUCAUGUGCAGUGAUGGGGUAGUUCGGAGUGGGACAUUCCUGGUCAUCCACUCUCAGUUGGAACGUCUGAAGACAGAAGGUGUGGUGGAUGUCUUCCAGGCCAUCAAGUCUGCUCGCAUACACAGACCUGGAGUCAUACCCAACACUGAUCACUAUGUCUUCUGUUAUGAAGUACUGGCUGACUUUGUGGAGAGGAUGGAAGCAUACCACAACUUCAAGACUCUUAUGUAGCUAAUGAACAUACCUGACAUGAGAUAAGUAUGCCAAUGUCAUAUGCAAACCCAUAUAUAUUAAUUAUGUAGAGCCAUAAUUAUCUCAUAUUGAUCAAUUUCUUCGUUCAUAAUGGGAUAAAUUACCUUUGCAUCAGAAUUCCCAAAUGAAGUAUGCAGUGAGCACUGAGCAGUAGCUAAUUCUCAUAAAUUUCUCGGUCUACAAACAAAAAUGGUCUGUAGUGAACAUGCACAAAGCUACAUACAUAAACCAAGUUUCCAACUAUGUAUACAUCACAGUGUUUAUUGUUGCACAUUAAGUAAACUCAAAAUUGUAUAAACAUCUCCUUUGCGAGUG